GCCGCGCCCGGGACGAGACCCCCUAUGCCAGCAUCGAGCCCCCGGCCCCCCGCGCCGAGCCGCCGCCGCCGGCCCGCAUGGAGGACGCCGCCGCCAGCGCCAUCGUGGUGCGCAUCGGGAUCCCCGACCUGCAGCAGACGAAAUGUCUGCGGCUAAAUCCUGAUGUUCCUGUCUGGGUCUCUAAACAGCGCAUUCUCUGCACCUUGAACCACAGCCUGAAGGAUGUUCUGAACUAUGGGCUUUUCCAGCCAGCCUUCAAUGGCAGGGCUGGAAAGUUCCUGGAUGAGGAGAGACUGCUGAGAGAAUACCCUCUGAAUCCAGACACUCCUGUCCCCUACCUGGAGUUCCGGUACAAGAGGCGUGUGUACACCCAGAGUCUGCUGGAUGACAAGCAGUUUGCCAAGCUCCACACAAAGGCAAAUCUGAAGAAGUUCAUGGAGUACGUGCAAAUGCUAAAUGUGGAGAAGGUCUGCAGACUGCUGGAGAAGGGACUGGACCCCAACUUCCAUGAUCCGGACACUGGAGAAUGCCCUCUGACAAUGGCAGCCCAGCUGGAGCACAGUGCCGAGGUGAUCAAAGUGCUGAAGAAUGGAGGAGCACAUCUGGAUUUCAGGACUCGGGAGGGAAUGACAGCACUUCAUAAGGCCAUCCGGUGCCGGAACCACAUUGCCCUGAUGACACUCUUAGACCUGGGUGCCUCCCCGGAUUACAAGGACAGCCGAGGAUUAACUCCUUUGUACCACAGUGCCAUGGUUGGAGGAGACCCAUACUGCUGCGAGCUUCUGCUUCAUGACUAUGCCAAGGUGGGCUGUGUAGAUGAGAAUGGCUGGCAAGAAAUCCACCAGGCAUGUCGCUAUGGCCAUGUGCAGCACCUGGAGCAUCUUCUCUUCUAUGGAGCCGACAUGACUUCACAGAAUGCCUCAGGAAACACAGCGCUCCAUAUCUGCGCUCUCUAUAAUCAGGAGAGUUGUGCUCGGGUCCUCCUGUUCCGUGGUGCAAGCAAAGAGAUUCGUAACUACAACAGCCAGACAGCAUUCCAGGUGGCCAUCAUUGCAGGAAAUUUUGAACUGGCUGAAAUCAUCAAAACCCACAAAGAGUCUGAUGUUGUGCCUUUUAGAGAAACUCCCAGCUACACAAAGAGGAGACGGAUCACUGGCGCAGGCGGCCUCUCCUCCCCCCGCAUGCUGCAGCGUUCUGCCAGCGACAACAAUUUGAAAGCCGAGAGCCACCCGUCCUACUCACCAGUGCCCUCGCUCCGCAGCCUGCCCCCACAGCUGCUGGCACAGAUGCAGGAAGCUGCUGUUGGGGCGGGGGUGGGGGACAGUAGCCUGGCGAGCACGGGCAGCUCCCGGAGCACUCACAGCCGCUCCCCAUCUCUGCAGCGCGUGCAGGAAGAGAAGGAGGCCGACAUGCACACACUCAGGAGAAGCAGCCGAGGCAAGGCCAGCCCCAGCGGCGGCCAGGGCGCCCCCCGCGGCCGGGGCCGGGGCCGGGGCCGGGGCCCGAGCCCGCCCGCCACGCCGCGCCCGCCGCCCCGCGGGCCCAAGCGCAAGUUGUACAGCGCCGUGCCCGGCCGCAGGUUCAUCGUGGUCAAGAGCUACACGCCGCAGGGCGAGGGCGAGAUCCAGCUGAACCGGGGCGAAGCCAUCAAGGUGCUCAGUAUUGGUGAGGGUGGCUUCUGGGAAGGAACCGUGAAAGGACGGACCGGUUGGUUCCCAGCAGAAUGCGUUGAGGAAGUGCAGAUGCGACAGUAUGAUCCACGGCAAGAAACGAGAGAGGACAGGACAAAGCGUCUCUUCCGACAUUACACUGUGGGUUCAUAUGACAACUUCACCUCUCACAGUGACUACAUCAUCGAGGAGAAGACGGCCGUGCUGCAGAAGAGGGAGCAUGAGGGAUUCGGGUUUGUGUUGCGAGGGGCCAAAGCCGAGACUCCAAUUGAGGAGUUCACCCCGACGCCAGCCUUCCCAGCGCUCCAGUACCUGGAGUCAGUGGAUGUGGAAGGUGUGGCCUGGAAAGCAGGACUUCGCACAGGAGACUUUCUGAUUGAGGUGAAUGGUGUGAAUGUGGUCAAGGUAGGGCACAAGCAAGUGGUGUCGCUGAUCCGGCAGGGGGGAAACCACCUGGUGAUGAAGGUUGUCUCCGUCAGCCGCAAGCCAGAAUCAGAAGAAGUCGUCCGAAAGAAGGCCCCGCCGCCUCCCAAGAGAGCCCCCAGCACCACCCUGACGCUGCGCUCCAAGUCCAUGACGGCCGAGCUGGAGGAACUAGCCUCGAUGCGGAGGAGAAAAGGGGAGAAACUGGAUGAGAUCUUGGCAGCAGCUGAGCCCUCGCUGAGAGCAGACAUUGUCGAAGCAGAUUCCAGGGCAGCCACUGUGAAGCAACGACCCACGAGCCGGCGCAUCACGCCCGCGGAGAUCAGUUCACUAUUCGAACGCCAGGGAAUGGCAGCUCACUCGGGAGUUCUCCCAGGGGCCGAGAAACCCCACGUGUCCCUACGCAAAGGAAUGCCCCGGACAAAAUCUGUAGGUGAAGAUGAGAAACUUGCUGCUUCCUUUAUGGAUGGGAAAUUUCCUCGGAGCACGUCAAUGCAAGACACCGUCAGGGAAGGGCAUGGAAUCCCACCCCCACCUCAGACGGCUCCACCCCCUCCUCCGUCUCCAUAUUACUUUGACACAGGCCCUCCCCCAUCCUUCUCCCCACCUCCACCUCCGGGAAGGGUUUAUGAUACCAUAAGAUCGAGCUUUAAGCCGAGCCUGGAAGCCAAACUCCAUGGCCUCCCCCAGGUUAUCAGUGCAGCUGAGAUGUAUGACCAGGCAAGGACUUCCAUCCCGUAUCCUGAAAGGCAAAAGAGAGCCCGGUCCAUGAUAAUCCUGCAGGACUCCUCUCAUCUUCCUGUAGAGCCAACAGAGAUCCCCCGGCCUGGCCCUUCCGCCACACCCCCAGAGAAGCUGAAAAGGAAAGGGCGAGUGAUUGAUAACCCUUACGCCAACAUGGGCCAGUUCAACGUUAGCCUGUUUGCUCCCACCAAGCCCCAGAGGAAGAAGAGCCCUUUAGUGAAGCAGCUGCAAGUAGAGGACGCUCAGGAAAGAGCAGCUUUAUCCAUCACUGGAGGCUUUACGCGGGAGCCCUCUCCCACACGCCGGAGCCAUCGCAUGAGUGGCAUCGAGUAUCAGCACCACGCUGGCAUCGCUCAGGUCGACCCCUCGAGCAUCCCCUUUGCCACUGCCAUAGCUGGAGUCAUGAAGGACAGAGAGCGUCGUCUUGAUGAGAGGCGGAAAUCCACUGUCUUCCUCUCGGUUGGGGCCAUUGAAGGGAGCCCCCCCAGCAUCGACAUGCCAUCCCUGCAGCAGUCCAGGUCUAUUGAUGAGCGGCUGUUAGGAAGCCGAGAUGUACUGCUGCCUUCACCUGUCUCAGCUUUAAAGCCAUUAAUUAGCAGCUCUUCCUCAACGUUCAUCCACCCGCUCACAGGAAAGCCCCUAGAUCCAAACUCGCCCCUGGCGCUUGCGCUGGCCGCAAGGGAGCGAGCCCUGUCCACUCAAGUCCCAUCCAGAUCGCCCACCCCAAUCCAGAGCCCAGAUUCAGACCGAGCAGCACCCCUGUUUGUGGACAUCCAAACCAAAGAACCAGAAAGGGGGGAGCUAGAGGGCCUAGUGUCACCUGCAUAUUCGCCCGGAGCCAAAGGGGCAGCAGGAGCAGCUCCUGGGACUUUGGCCCCUACAAAAAGCCACUGGGGGACUCCAACAACACUGAGAAAAGAGACUGAGACAAGAGCAGAAACACCUGUGAAAGAAGAGAAAAAACACGAAGACAAGAAAUCUAUGAUCAUUAGUAUAAUGGACACAUCACAGCAGAAGACAGCCGGCCUCAUCAUGGUCCAUGCAACAAGUAAUGGCCAAGAGGAAAUAGGACUUGAGAUGAAGGAGGAGACACCAGAUGUUCCUGAAGCAAGCGUGGAGCCGGCAGAGCUGCCCAAAGCGGAAACUGAGCCCAGCCCUGUGGGAAAGUCUCCGGUUAGUCCAGCAUCUGACAAGACACUUGGUCAAGGAAGUUCAGAGGAGGAAGCGGAGCCCUACACAGUUACCCUCCCACCAGCUCAGCUGUCUUCAAGUGAUGAAGAGACCAGGGAGGAACUGGCCAAGAUUGGGCUGGUGCCUCCACCAGAUGAGUUUGCAAAUGGGGUACUAGUCACCACCCCUGGCACACCGAUCAGCCAGCUGGCUACGCCUCGCACGCCAUCCAUGCCAGCGGCAGCCGUAGCACCUUCUGCCACUGGUGGAACACCCUCAGGGAAGCCCUCUGAUGCCCCCGUAGCCCCAGAGUCUGCCGCAGAUUCAGGAGUAGAAGAGGUGGACACCAGAAGUUCAAGUGACCAUCACCUGGAGACCACAAGCACCAUCUCUACAGUCUCCAGUAUGUCUACAUUGUCCUCUGAAAGCGGGGAGCCUACUGACACAUACACUUCCUUUGCGGAUGGACAAACUUUUAUACUCGAGAAGCCACCAGUGCCUCCAAAGCCAAAACUCAAGUCCCAGCUCAGCAAGGGGCCAGUUACUUUCAGGGACCCACUUUUGAAGCAGUCUUCGGACAGUGAGCUCAUCUCCCAGCAACAUGCGGCUACUCUGGCUUCAGCCAGUGUUGGUCGGCCACGCUACCUCUUUCAGAGAAGAUCCAAGCUAUGGGGGGACCCCAUGGAGAGCAGGCCAGUCCACGGGGCUGAGGAUGACAAACCAACUGUGAUCAGUGAGCUAAGUUCCCGGUUACAACAGCUGAAUAAGGAUACACGAUCACUGGGGGAGGAACCUACCGGGCCCCCUUUAGAUCCCGGGAAGAAGUCACCUGUGGUCGCAGCACGACUUUUCAGUAGUUUAGGAGAACUCAGCACCAUUUCCCAGCGGAGCUCCGGAACCACCUACACAGUUCGACCUGGCAGCCGCUACCCUGUAACCCGGCGUACUCCCAGUCCAGUGAAGCCUGCCCUGGAUAGGACAGACCCUCUCAGCACCGUGCGGCCCUAUGGAUUGACACCUCCCACCAUCCUCAAAUCUUCCAGCCUCUCCAUCCCGCAUGAGCCCAAGGAGGUGCGCUUUGUGGUGCGGAGCGUGAGUGCCCGGAGCCGCUCCCCAUCCCCCUCACCCUCUCCUGGGGCCCCUCUGCACACUCUGCACCCACCGCGGCCCUUCAUGCAGAAACCCGUCCACCUGUGGAACAAAUACGAUGUAGGGGACUGGCUGGAAAGCAUCAAUUUGGUGGAGCAUCGAGACAAGUUUGAGGACAAUGAGAUUGAGGGCACGCACUUACCUGCCCUCACCAAGGAGGACUUUGUGGAGUUGGGGGUGACACGUGUGGGGCACCGCAUGAACAUUGAGCGAGCACUCAAAGAGCUGGUAGACAGUUGACCAUCCUAGGCAGUGCUGGCCUCUUCCAGAGCCAACUAAUGGGGGGGAGGGGGGCGUUUCUACUAGACGAAUAAAACCAAUUUGAUUCUCUUUCUAUUCUGACCACUGCACUGAAGGGCGAAGAGCUGAGGAGCGCCCACUCACUCCAUACACCCAGAGCCCCAGGUGUGCACAAACACACACGGACACGCACACGCACACACACACAAACACAUGCUCAGCCCCCCCCCACUCAACCCUGCACCAGCCAACACCGCCUUUGGGAAAAGGAAUGUUGCAUGAAAUACACCCUCUUUUCUGUUCUUCUAAAGGGUCAGGCCUGCAUAGCGCUUGAUGUGCCUUUCCCCAGGGGCGCUGCUGGUGGCAGGAGGGCAGCGGGCCAUGCCUGGCUGGCCCGUGCUCCCAGUCUGCGGGAGAACCUUGCUCACCUGCAUGGAGCAGGCUGUGGAAUGUAUUCUGAUCAAAGGGCUGUGGAGAGCAGGGGGAGAGGCCGGUGUUAGUGGUGCAAAUUAGGAACCAGAGCUCAGUUUAGGGUGAUGGGGCUGUCAGCUAAUGAGGCUCAGCUGUGUUGCAAUGGUCGUCUGGUGACCCAGGAAUUGAACUGAUCUGUAUGUGAUACAAGGUGGGCGCUUGUCUGAAUGUCAGUUGCGUCCCUGUUCCCUGAGCUGGGGCAACCAGAGGCCUAGGCUCCGUCCUGCCACGCUGCUGCUCAGCCGUCCCGCGAGAGUGGCUGGCUGGUAGGCAGGUCGGGGUCCUCUGUGACCAGCAGGGCAGGCGGCUGUGAGACGCCCGGAGGAGCUGCUGAAUAGCAUGGUCGUGGUGAUGGGAGACUUGGAGGGGCCAAGGGGAGAGGGCAGUGCUGGCCUUCACGCGGCCCUUGACGCCAGCUCCAAGACAGGUGAGGGCAGGCAGGCAGCGAGGUGCAGGUCCCUAGGCCCCGCAGGGCGGGGGGAGGCAGCGUGUUUCCCAUGUGGGCAAAGCCUGUGCUGGCAUGUGGGCGCCUGGCACUAUUGGUGGGCUCCAGCUCAGACAGGCCCUAGCGGCCGCUGCAGCACGAAGGGCCAUUCUGAUUCCAUGGCCAAGAGGCACAGUCGGGGCUGCCCCGCAGGGAGAACCAGAUCGGCUGCCUCUAGCCAAUCGCUGCUUCUGCCUGGGGAGCCCCUUCACUCUGGGCUCCUUCAGCAGCUUCCGCCCCGAAGCGGAGCAAGCCUGUUGCCGUGCAAACAAGAAAAUGGUGAUGGCCUUGCCAAGAAAGCCGAGCCUUUGGACUCUGUGUUCCUCUGCCCUGUUGCCCUGGGCUGCCCUGGUGAGAGAGGAAGUGAAGCCGCAUGGAUCGAAGCAUGUUUGGGGGAUGUCCAAGGGAGGCUGGUGGGGAAUCAAGCAGAAAAUGCUUUGCCAACGUUCAAAGGGGGUGCGGGGUGGGGGGAGUCUUCUUUUGCCUCUUGGUUUGGGGUCUUGUUUCCAAGGGGGACACAUUGAUGGCUAAUAUAUAAUCUCCAUGCGUUUAUGUAGAGCAGCUGAUGAUCAACAAGAGAUGAUGCUAAACUCCAGGAUUCCCAUGCCAUCCUAGUCAUCCUUAUUUUGCAUCUUUUUAAUCAGCUCUAUAUUUGAAACGAGAAGAGAACAAAUAUCUAUAUAUCUAUAUCUGUAGCACCUGAGUUUGUUCGCAUUUGACUAAAUCUCUGUAUCUCUAGACUUACCGAGCUGCUCCCUUUCCCUGGGACACUCACGACUUGGCGAGUUUUUAGUGACUGACUGAACGAAUGUUAAAGUCUUCUAAAGAAUCUCCAUCUCCUUUCGGACCCUCAGUAUUUUAAAGAUUUAGAAACACAGAAUAAAACGUGGGCCUGGGCCACGCCAGGUCUCCCAUUCCCAGAGCAAGCUGAACGAAGCUGCAGUUUCCCCGACACGGCCGCAGUCCUGGGGUGCCCGGUGCAGCAGGUCCCUCCCCGCCUCCCCUCCUGAGGAAGAGGCAUUGUCGUCCCGCCGCAUGUGCGGCAGGGGUCUGAGUGCAGGGAGGCUAGGGGCCCACACCCAGCCAGCAGGGCAAGGAGGCGGGCGCCCUUCGGCUGCUCCGCAGGACGUGAGGGUCAGGAGUGAGGCCGCGGAGGGGAACAAAGAAGGGCUCUGUCAGGACAGAGACUGGGAGGUGGAAGGAAAUGCACCCCUCCCCAUUCCAGGGCUGGGCAGGGCAGCUCUCCAAGUCCCCUGUCUCUGAGGCCUGGUGUGUGGCUAGGCAGGAGGAAGGCCUGCUGGGAGGAGAUGCUCAAUCUGGGCAAAGGGCUUGGUUGCAGGGGCAGUGUCCCUCCUGGUCUGGGGGAUGGUUUGGCUUUUUCACCAGUCAGCUGUAGGAGAGUAAUAAUAGCCCCUGGCACCCCCGCCACGGGCCCACCUGGCCCCCAGCGGCCCUGGGGGGAGCAGCGUUCCUUUGUAACGCUGGGACGAGCCCAGGAGGUGCUCCCAGGUGUGGUUGGAGCCAGCGAGAUCUGCGGCUCACUCCUUGGCUAGUGCUUGUCCCUUCCCUGCUAGCGCACUGAGUUGUAUCAGGUCUCAUGUCUGCCACCACGCCCUCCAGCUCCCUUCAGGCAUGAGAGCAUGCAAGGGGGGUGAGUAAAUUACAAAGAAAGAAAAUACGCAGGGAGGGGACUGUCCUGCAGGGCCACCCCAGCGUGGCCUGCAAAUGUCACGCACUGGCUUUUCACCUGUCUUUGAUCUCUCACUCAUAUGCUCAGCCCCCAGUUUCUAGGCGCCCCAUCUGGGGUGGGGUGGGGCUCAGCCCUUGCCCCCUUGGGGGACUGGUGUGCCCGAAAGGCCAAGUGCCCCUGUGAAGGCAUUAACGCUUCUGGUGCUAGAGGGAAGGACAACGAGGUUCCUCUCCGACCUUCACACAUCUCGGAACCUUACAGCCAUCAGCUGGGGCAGCCCCACUGUGUGCUGGGGAGGGGGCUUGGGGAGCGAGCUCCCCACAUACUCUGAGGGUGCUGUCUCCCUUCCCUGAGCUGUCACUCGCGCGCUGGGCUCAGAGGAGCAAACCCAGCCCUGUCAAUUGCACCAGUUCACCCCAUGCUGCAUCUGGGAGCUGGCAACGUGGGGCAGCGCCAUGGGGAAGGGACAGAGGGGGGCUGGGCAUCUAUAGCCAGAUUAGUCUGGAAAGUAAACCCUGCUGUGCACCCUGUAUGGACCCCAAACACUCACUGGCUAAUCCCAUGCCCUGACCCAGAUGCAACCCCAAUCACCCCAUUUCCCCGGGGCCCCACAGCGCCUACCCCAGCCCGAGCCCAUAGCACAGCCGUCCCAGCACAGCAGCCCUGCGAAAGCCACCGUCCCAGCACUCCUUAAGUGCCCAGCCCCACGUCCCAGCCACCAGCCCCACAUCCCAGCCACCAGCCCUUCGUACCCAGCCCCACAUCCCAGCCACCAGCCCCACGUCCCAGCCACCAGCCCUUUGUACCCAGCCCCACGUCCCCACACGCAUUACUCCUGUACCCAUCCCUGGUCACAUAUUCCAAUACACGCUACCCACACACCAUAGCCGCAGCCCCACACACUGUAUCUCCCAGAAUAAAUCUCCAGACACUGCAUUUGCACUCCCCUGCCCCAUAUCCCCAAACAUACCCAACCUCUAUCCCCAUACACCGUAUCCCAGCCCCCAAGCCCCAAACACAGUGCCCCCAACCCCCUAGCCCCGUACGCUACCCCAGCCCUGUAUCCCCAUACACUGUACCCCAACCCCUAUCCCCAUACACCAUACCCCAGCCCCCUAGCCCCAUACACCGUACCCCCAACCCCCUAGCCCCAUAUACUGUACCCCCCAAUCCUCAUACACCAUGCCCUAUCCCCAUACAUCAUACUCCCCCAACCCCAUCCCCAUAUACCAUAGCCCCCCCAUACAUGACAUCUAGCCCCAUGCCCAACUCAUCUACACCCCUUCCCAAUCCCUCCCCCCGUACUCCGUGCCCCCCCAAAUCAUUGUCACAGGUGAUAUCACACACAGGAUCCAGGCCCAUACGCAGCCCCCUCCAUGCUGUCAACAUCCAGCCCCACUCAUCAGCAACUGCCGCGGCGCCCUGCAGCCUGCACCAGGCAAAAGCCCACUUCAUGCGGCAACUGUCCUCACCCCUCUCACCAGAGCCCCUUGCUCAUCUUUUGCCCAGGACUCAACAGCGAGACUCGGUGGGAUCCCAUCAUUCACGCCAGUGCAGACCAAGUGCUACCAGACAGGCUUUCCCAUUCGAGCCCUGCCCCUUCGCCCAGCACCUCAGCUCCCAUGCUGGGCCUCACUGCCGUUCACCCCACACACCCCAGCGUCCGGCACACCCACCCCUGGCCCCAGCACUUCGCCCUGAGAUACAGCCUCCACCCGACGGUCCCAGCAGCUCCUCAGGCUGGCAGCAGGCCCCUGCAGGCAGCCGUGAUCCCCAGGCCUGCUGAACAGCGAGCCGGAAAAGCAAACUUUCCUCUUUGGGGUGGUUCAUACACUUCUCCCACCUGUCUUUGCAAGCCCCAUCUUGGAUCUCUGGGCCCCGCGUGGCAGCGUGAAGGCCUUGUCUGACUCUUGGGCGCCUGAGGGGUGAGUUGCAGCAUUACGGGUUGUGUUAGCCUGAGUGCAGGCUGAAUUCGAGUUCAUGCUCUUGAACUCUGGGUCUUUGUCCCUUCCGCAGCUGUUUCUGGGGCAAACCUGUCGAGACCCUGCCUGCACCCUGCCUCCUGUCUUGGGAGGCCACAAGCCUGCAGACCGUACCUUGUCUGCAGCAUGUUCCGCCGGGGCCAGGGAAAGCUGGGGACCUUCGGCCCCUUUCCCACACGCCCUCCCGCAUGGCGUUGUUGUCCCACGGGAGGGCUGGGAAUGGCAGAAGCAGUGCUUCUCAGCCUCCAUCCCACAAAGCAGCUGCAGCCGUACCUGUGUUAGCAAACACUGCGUGAUCUCCUGACACCAGACGGUCAGUCCUGGGGACACCACGGCGAGGCCCAGGCACGCAUAACACAAGCGAAAGCAACGUCCAACCAAAGUGGCUCAACUCUUUCCUGCGCUGGAAACGUCUCUGGCCAACCAGGGCCUACCCGGCUCGAUCAGCCAACAGCCCAUUUCCCUGCCCACCCAGUACCUGCAGCCUGUCAGCGACUGGCCCACCUGAAAGGCUCUUCCCCUCUUAUGGGUCACCCUCCCCUUCCAGGACAAGAUUGGCUGGUUCCUCUUAUUACCCUCCCUCCUGCCCGCUGCCCCCAUGACUGCAGUCAGCUCUGUGGUACGGACACAGCACCCUCCCAGUAUGCGCGCGACGCCCCAAAGGCACGUGCCUUUGAUGAGACGCCGCAGAGGUCUGGUGACGUCUCUACAGCCGCUGGCGGAGGAGACCUCCCUGCCUGCUGCAUCGGGGCCUGGCAAGGAACUCACCUGUCAGGCUGCAGGGUGACCAGCUGGGCUGCGUUUCUCUUGAGAUGAGCAUUAAUUGCCAAAGGCAAUUGCUGGUGAUGAUGCUUAACCUAAGGCAGUGACAGGCUGAGGCAAAUUCCACAGCUCUGCUUCCUUCUUCCUCGCGGCAGACAACAGACUCUCGUUUUGUAUCAGUCCGCGACAGCGUCAGAGCCCCGGUUCUGGUGAACACAGGACUGUUGCGGGAGGGUCUUGGCUGCCCAGUGAAAGCCUUGGGCAUGCUGAGGUCUGCACAGAGCCUUGGUUGUCUCACAGUUUCAUUGACAUCUUGGGGCAUAGCAUCCCAUAGUUCUGCAACAUUUGCCCCGGGCUCAGUCUUGAGAGCCCCAUCUGUGGUCUGCUGGCUGUGACGAAUGUCUCGCGCAUUCGUCGCACCCACAGAAGUCCAGUUCGGAGCUGCCCACCUUCCCAGGUUGCACAACGUCCUGCUGGCCCCCAGUGGCCUUGUCCCAUGGUCAUUUUGAGACUCCCCUUGGCACAAGUGUAACUUGCCAGUUACCGCAGCUGCUGUGCCAGACCCUUGUGUUCUCAGCUGAAGCAAAGGGGAUUUUUUCCAUGUGUAGAUAGCACUUUCCUGACUUUAUACCUAUCCUAGCUGCAUUGGCAUCGCUGUUCCCACCGUCUCCAGACAGAGAGGAACAGCUCAUUCUGAAAAGCCAUUGGGGGGAGGCCGCGUGACCCAGGAAAAGGGAGCCAACCAUGACACGUUAGCGUCAGGGUCAUGUCGCGAACAAAUGCGCCCAUCUGGCAGGACAUCCCGCGCGGCUCGGGAUUUGACGUGCUGAGGUGACUGUGAUGUCUCAUGGCUUCUCAAUGCCUUUUGGUAGCUUCUAUAUAAACUGAGGGCAACGUUUUUGUUUUGGGGUUGGUUUUUUUUAAAGGUGUCGAUUUUUUUUUUUUUUU